CCUUUGCAAAAGUUUCGAGUUCUGCGCCACCCCUUUCCUCGCGUCGACUCAGUACCACUCCUUGAUCCCAGGCGAUCCCUCAGAGGACGUCGCCACCUUAACUUUAUUUUUCUGCUCGCCUGUAAAAACUAGUGACCAUGGUUAACUUCACCGUCGACCAGAUUCGGGCUCUCAUGGACAAGCCCACCAAUAUCCGUAACAUGAGCGUUAUUGCUCAUGUCGACCAUGGAAAGUCCACUCUCACGGACUCGUUGGUCUCCAAAGCUGGUAUCAUUGCCAGUGCGAAAGUCGGCGAAGUCGUUUUCAUGGAUACACGACCGGACGAAAAGGAGCGUGGCAUUACUAUAAAGUCGACCGCCAUCUCCAUGUACUUCGAGGUCGACAAGGAGGAUUUAAGUUCGAUCAAGCAGCAGACCGAGGGCAGCGAGUUCUUGAUCAAUUUGAUCGAUUCUCCUGGCCACGUUGACUUCUCGUCGGAAGUCACAGCAGCACUCCGUGUCACGGAUGGUGCCCUUGUUGUCGUCGACUGUGUUGAGGGUGUCUGCGUGCAGACAGAAACUGUGCUUCGUCAAGCCCUGACUGAGCGUAUCAAGCCCGUCGUCAUCAUCAACAAGGUUGACCGUGCUCUGCUCGAGCUGCAGGUUGACAAGGAGGCGCUGUAUCAGUCAUUUCGUCGUACGAUUGAGAACGUGAACGUCAUCAUUUCGACAUACCACGACGUUGCGCUGGGUGACGUCCAGGUCUACCCCGAGAAGGGCACCAUCGCCUUCGGUUCCGGUCUGCACGGGUGGGGGUUCACCCUCCGCCAGUUCGCGAACAGGUACGCGAAGAAGUUCGGAGUUGAUAAGGAGAAGAUGAUGGCCAAGCUUUGGGGCGACAACUACUUCAACCCCACGACGCACAAAUGGACGGCCAAGGGCACUGACGCGGACGGCAAACCUCUCGAGCGCGCAUUUAACAUGUUCGUCCUCGACCCCAUCUUCAAAGUCUUCGAUGCCGUCUUGAAACUCAAUAACGACGCGAUCGAUUCCAUGCUCGAGAAGCUCGACGUCAAGCUUGUUCCGGCUGAGCGUGAGCUCGAGGGCAAGGCUCUCUUGAAAGUAAUCAUGCGCAAAUUCUUGCCCGCCGGUGACUCUCUCCUGGAGAUGAUUGUCAUCAACCUUCCCUCCCCUAAGACUGCUCAGCGCUAUCGUGUUGAGACUCUCUACGAGGGUCCAAUGGAUGACGAGUCUGCCAUCGGUAUUCGUGACUGUGAUCCCAAGGGACCCCUCGUGCUCUACGUCUCCAAGAUGGUGCCGACCUCCGAUAAGGGGCGUUUCUACGCCUUCGGUCGUGUCUUCUCCGGUACCGUUCGUGCUGGCCCGAAGAUCCGUAUCCAGGGCCCGAAUUAUGUCCCGGGCAAGAAGGAAGACCUGUUCAUCAAGUCUGUGCAGCGCACGAUUUUGAUGAUGGGCCGUUAUGUCGAGCCCAUCGAGGACUGCCCGGCGGGUAACAUCGUUGGUCUCGUCGGUAUCGAUCAGUUCCUACUCAAGAGCGGUACCCUCACGUCGUCGGAGACUGCGCACAACAUAAGGGUCAUGAAGUUCUCCGUGUCGCCUGUCGUGCAGGUCGCCGUCGAGGUCAAGAAUGCUCCAGAUCUGCCCAAGCUGGUCGAGGGUCUUAAGCGUCUCUCGAAGUCCGACCCGUGUGUCCAGACGUGGAUCUCCGAGAACGGUGAGCACAUUGUCGCUGGUGUUGGUGAGCUCCACUUGGAGAUUUGCUUGAAGGAUCUCGAAGAGGACCAUGCCGGUGUUCCUCUCAAGGUCUCCGACCCCGUCGUCCCUUAUCGUGAGACUGUCAAGGCCGAGUCGUCGAUUGUUGCGCUCUCCAAGUCCCAGAACAAGCACAAUCGUCUCUACGCCAAGGCGAUGCCGAUUGAGGAGGAGCUCUCGCUCGCCAUCGAGUCCGGCAAGGUCAACUCGCGUGACGAUUACAAGGUCCGCGCGCGUAUUCUCGCGGACGAGUACGGUUGGGACGUCACGGACGCACGUAAGAUCUGGUGCUUCGGUCCUGACACGGCUGGUCCGAACGUCCUUGUCGAUGUGACGAAGGGUGUGCAGUAUCUCAACGAAAUCAAGGAUUCUUGCGUUGCUGCCUUCCAGUGGGCAACGAAGGAGGGUGUCUGCGCUGAGGAGAACAUGCGUGGUGUCCGCAUCGACAUCCUUGAUGUGACGCUCCACACGGAUGCCAUCCACCGUGGUGGAGGACAGAUCAUUCCGACGUGUCGUCGCGUCUGCUAUGCCGCAUGCUUGCUUGCCACGCCCGGUCUCCAGGAGCCUGUCUAUCUCGUUGAGAUUCAGUGCCCGGAGAACGCGAUUGGCGGUGUCUACAGUGUGCUCAAUAAGCGUCGUGGCCAGGUGUUCUCCGAGGAGCAGCGUGUCGGCACGCCUAUGUUCACGAUCAAGGCAUACCUGCCCGUCGGGGAGUCCUUCGGUUUCAAUGGGGAGCUUCGCUCGCAGACUGGUGGUCAGGCGUUCCCCCAGAGUGUGUUCGACCACUGGGAGACGCUGAACGGAUCUCCGCUCGACAAGGGCAGCAAGAUCGAGGAAAUCGUCAGGCGUAUUCGUGUCCGCAAGGGUCUCAAGCCCGAAAUUCCGCCCCUGGAUACGUACUACGACAAGCUAUAAGAAGGUAUUUGACAGCAGAAGUUUACUGUUGUGUCAUUCAGAUCAAGCACUCAUGAAGGGUACUAUGGUCUAGCGCUGACAGAUGAGAGACACUCGUAAUGCUGAGCUCUGUGAAUUUUAAUAAAAAAUCGAUGGCUCGACAUUCACCUCACAUGCGUACUACAUAGUUGUAAAAUGUAAUUUCUUCACAGUUUAUUAUAAAUAAUUCAUAUGGACUGGUGCA